AUGAUUGCAUCUGUUGAGGAAGAAGAUUUUGUGAAAUAUGGGACUUCGUUGGAACCCAUUGGGAAAGAUGAAAUCCCUACAAAAAAGCCAUGCUUGUUGGAAGACCAAACUGUCAAAGAUAAACAAGGUCGAAGAAGAUUUCAUGGUGCCUUUACAGGAGGGUUUUCUGCAGGCUUUUACAAUACUGUAGGUUCAUUAGAAGGUUGGGUUCCAUCAUCAUUUAAAUCUUCAAGAUCUGAAAAACAAUCAAUAAGUCAAAAAAAACCUGAAGACUUUAUGGAUGAAGAGGAUAUUGGAGAAUUUGGUAUUGCUCCAACAGUAUUAAAAACAAGAACUGAUUAUUCCACCGAAACCAAAAAUUCAAGAAAACGUUCUCAUCAUGUCAAAAAUUUGGGCACUUAUGUUUUUCAAAAUAUUUUAGAGCCAGCAAAAGAAUCAGUUGGUGUAAGAUUAUUAAUAAAAAUGGGAUGGAAACCAGGGCAAGGUGUGGGUCCCAGAAUUAGUAAACAAGAUAAAAAAAGUUCUUCUGCGAUUAGAGCAAGAGUGUAUGGAUGUCAAAAUUAUUCAGAAAAUUUAAGUGAUGAUGAAAGUGACGAUUCUCUACCUGACAAUAUUACAUUUGCUCCUAAUGAUUAUGAGCCAUUUUUAUUCACUCCCAAAAAAAAUUUAUUCGGGCUAGGCUAUGAGGGUUUGCCAUCAAAUAUGUCUUGUGGUACUAGUGAAAAUGAAAAAAUUAAUUUUACUUCGAAAAACAUUAAUAAAAAUAAAUUUUACAUGAAGGGAGAAGCUUUCGGAGUUGGGGCUUUUGAAGAUGAAGAUGAAGACAUUUAUACUAAAGAAGAUUUAUCUCAGUAUGACUUUUAUCUUUCGAAUAAAACCACUGAAAAUAAUAAAACUCAUCAAACAACUGAAAAAAAUGAUGGAAUUUUGAAAGGCUUUAUUAUUCAAAAAAUUUCUUAUAAAAAAAUAAAUUAUCCUCUGCCAAAUUUGCCAAAAAAUUUUAAAGGUAGUUUUAAAAAUCGAAAAGGAAAAAUCAUAGAAGAGGAAAAAAAUUUAUCCUAUAUAGAUGAAUUGGAUUAUAAAAAACCUUCUGAUAAAGUUCUUCAAUUGGUACAAGUACCUAAAAAAAUUGAAAUCUAUGAAGUUCAAGAUCCAGUUACCAAAUUAUUACACCCCUAUGCAAAACUUUUCGAAAAGGAAUUCGUGACAGCUCGGCAAAAAGAUGACGACUUGACAGUAAUUUCAAACGUUGAUGAGGAGCUAAAUGAAGAACUGAAGGAUAUGAAAGAGGCAGCCAAAAUGAAAAUGUAUGGUCGGCUAACUCGAAAAACGGAAGAUUGGUACCCCUGUUCGUUGUUAUGCAAAAGAUUUAAUGUUCGCGAACCGAUAAAUGGGUAA